AUGGUUAAUGUUGCAAAUACUACAUAUGAUGCAUCUAAUAGUUGGAUUUAAUCUUAUUGUAUUUUAUUAGCUUAUGAUAUUGUUGUUAUUGGAAUUUUAGUCUCUGCUGUUAAGUUUAUUUUGUUUAAGAGUAAGCUUACUAAAGGAAAUAAAGCUAAAGUUUUUUAAUAAGAUUUAGAUUUAGAUUUGUUUUGA